AUGGCAGCUUCUUCCAAACUGACAGAUGAAAUUUCGCAUUCAUAUGACGCACUCCCGAACGGCCAGGACUUUGACUCGAUGAUAUCUGAUACGAAGUUCACUGCUGAUACUAGAACCGAUUUCUACGACCGCAGUUUGACGAGUCGCAGAUAUGCCUUCGUCGGAGUGGCAUGCUCAAGUAUCUUCAGUUGCUCAUGCAUCGUUGCAGGUGUUAUCAUUUUAGCUAAUCGCGGAGUCUCGGGAGAAACCAAUGUGGUCAUGACGAACACGAAUAUGGAUGCACUUCUGGGUCAGGUGCCCCUGCAGGAGAAGUUAUUGAUCCUGACGCUCAACUUAAUCAUCACAUUUUGCACCGAGUCCCUGGGCUUCGUACACGGAAUCUCAUUGCGCUCUGCGCUAGCCUCUGAGUCUCGGCUUUAUUUCAACACCAAUCUGCGCCUUCUGACCGCAGCUUGUGGAUGGUAUAACCCUAACGGCACCCUUCUUAAUGGCAUCUCGGCUGUCCUCCUCAUAAUAUCCUACAGCUCAAGCUCACUCUUCACGGGAACCUACUAUGAAAUGAUAACGCCAGGAAAAUUUAAUGAGGGCAUUUUCUUCACUGGGUUACCCCUCCUCAUUUUGGGCAUCGCACUCCUCCUCCAGGUGAUAAUUGCAUUGUCAGCGAUGCAUGCUGUCAAAAUAUUGACGUGGAGCUCCUCACCUUUCGACUUGACCGCCGCAUUGGUCCAUAACACGCAAUUGACCCCUGCUACUCUGCGGUGCAUGCAUUGUGUAUCUGACCUAGACACGUAUGGAGGUCCAGCGAAGCCAUCAGAGAUACAGCCCUCUGUGUGGCAUGCUCACCCUAGCAUCCGGAAAGUUGUCAUUUUUCUUUGGGUGAUCGUUGCAGCAUGCACUGGAUGGGCCGCACUUGUCACAUAUAUCUCGCACAAGAAUCCUUCUGCCAUCCCGAUGACAAUAGAAACGUGGUCGUUCUUGCCCAACGAGUCGUCCAGUUUCAUCCGGUAUGCUAUACCAGGUGCCAAUCUUGAGGUGUGGAUUCUGCUCUUCGUCAACAUAGCAGUUAUUCAGGGACCGUUGACGCUUGGGCUGCAUUGCUCAGAGCUCAUCGCGAAUGUCAUUCGAGACGAAAGGCAGUGGAGAUGCGCUACCGGAAGGAAAGGACUUCAAGUGGCGACGAACCCAGUGACGACAAUUUUCACUUAUCCGAUCUGUCUUGCGCUUUUCGUCGCGAAACCUUUUCUGCACUGGAUGUUUGGGCUUUCACUCCAAAUAUAUAAUGAUGCUGUUGAUGGGAAAAUAGAUAUGGAUACGUCGGUGGUAGCCAUGUUCACUCCCCAGAUCUGGAACUUAUGCAUAGCGUUGUGUAUAUUUGCUUGUUUCUUCACUUUCGUCGCACUGCGCCGACCGCACGGUCUCCAGCCCGCUGCAUACGGCCACCUCCAGACGCUCGCCAACCUCGUGGAUGAGUGGUCGCCUGUGAUGUGGUGGGGACACAAAGAGGACAGAAUUCCGUACUGUCAUGCUGGUUCCGGUGCUGGGUCUCUGGUACCCCUCUCAUGA